CAUACGUAGAGGAAGCACUCAUUGUUAGCCAGCAAAGAUGGUGAACCGCGGAGAGACACAUGUACGAUUUUAACGGUCCGUUGUCUAAAUUAUCAGUGAAUAAGAAAUGGAGGUCAAUAUGUAAGCGGGCGUGAACGGGGCUUGGCCAGCAACUGCGAGUAAACGCGCGUUGUAAGAUUCGUCGUGGCAUUCGUCGGCUGUGGGAUCGCGACUCGAAGGUACGCAAAGGCAGGAUGCGCUUUGUUUAUGGAGAUCAGCUGUGUUUCCAAACAUCACAUCACUCUUCCUGCUUCGCGCGCUCCGCUAGCGAGCGACGUUGCUAUUUUCAUCGGAUAAAGGUCAACCGAAUGCUUGGAACAAAGCGAGGAGCGUCGCACGGCGUCGUAUGACGUGUUGCACUCUCGCAUCAUUGUCCGUCUAGAGAAUCCCAAGAAAUCUCUGAAAUCAAAAAGAAAAAGACAGAACGGGAGAUAAAGUAUGCUUGCGGAGCAAUCAUCAACUGGUAGUUAAAUAAACUUAAUGACAUGAAAGAAUGAAACGAGAAACUGUCAUUACCUGUAUAGAGCCAAAUCGAGCGCAAACGAUGACGACGGUAUUGGACGGUAGUUAUCAACGUAUACACCCUUAUGAGGGUCAAGAAGAGGAUGCGGAUGAUGACGAUGAUCGCGAGGAGACUCCUCAAGAAUCGGGCGUUAUAAUCCAUGUAGUACCAGAGGGUAACAAAGCACGAUGGAAUCAUAUUGAAGAUUUGGAUUCGUUCUUCGCGCGAAUGUAUCAUUAUCAUCAGCAGCAUGGUUUCCUUUGUAUGAUGCUCCAAGAAGUUUUGGAAUUAUUGCAAUUCUUUUUCGUAGUCGUCUUUGUUACCUAUCUUUUUCACUGCGUCGAUUACAGCAAAAUAUAUAAUGGUGGAGAUGUAAAUAAUAAUACCAGCCACAAAAAUGACACCGUAGUAAGCUUAGGAGUUUGUAUAAAAUCAAUCUCUUUAUUUUAUUGGAGUCUUCUUGUUAUCGCAGCCAUUUUCUUUAUCCUUCAAUUUGUCAAAGUUCUCUAUCACCUGAUGCAGUUUUGGGAGAUCAAAAUGUUUUUCAAUACAGCCCUUAAAAUUGCUGAUAGCGAGUUGGACAAUUUCACUUGGCAUGAAGUUCAAAAGCGAAUUAUAGAAGUACAGAAGGAGCAAGAAAUGUGUAUUCAUAAACGGGAACUCACAGAAUUGGAUAUAUACCAUAGAAUAUUAAGACACAAAAAUUAUAUGGUAGCUAUGAUCAACAAAUCUCUUUUACCAGUGCGACUAAAAUUCCCCAUUAUAGGAGAAGUUAUCUUCUUGACACGAGGAUUAAAAUAUAACAUAGAAUUAUUGUUAUUUUGGGGACCAUGGUCACCAUUUGAAAAUAAUUGGCAUCUAAAGGAAGAUUAUAAAAAGCUGAAUAAAAGGCAAGAACUCGCACGACAAUUAUCCAAGCACAUCUUAUGGAUUGGUAUCGCAAAUUUCGUCUUAUGUUUUCCUAUUCUUCUGUGGCAGAUUCUCUACACAUUUUUCAAUUAUGCCGAGACUAUUAAGCGAGAACCAAGCGUUUUGGCGAUGCGCACGUGGUCUCUAUAUGGUCGACUAUAUCUGCGUCACUUCAACGAACUCGAUCAUGAAUUAAACGCCCGUCUUAGUCGCGCGUAUCGCCCUGCUUCCAAAUACAUGAGCAGCUUCACGUCCCCGAUAAUGACAAUACUCGCCAAGCAUAUCGCAUUCAUCACUGGUGCUGUAUUAGCGGUGCUGUUGCUGAUAGCGUUGUUUCAAGAAGGGACAUUCUCGAUGGAGCGCGUAGUCGCUUAUAUGACUAUGUUAGGUGUUGUAGCGGCAGGUGCAAAGGCAGCAAUACCUGAUGAAAAUUUAGUUUGGUGUCCCGAGACUCUUCUAACCGCUGUGCUAGCUCAUACGCAUUAUAGACCGGACAGUUGGCGGGGUAACGCUCAUACGUUGACCACUAGAGCUCAAGUAGCGCAGCUAUUCCAGUAUCGCGCAGUACAUCUCCUGGAAGAAUUGAUUUCUCCAUUCGUGACGACAUACAUCUUGUGCUUCCGUAUGCGACAUCGAGCGUUAGAGAUUGUAGACUUUUUUCGUAACUUUACUAUCGAAGUUGCUGGAGUCGGGGACGUGUGUAGUUUCGCCCAAAUGGACGUGCGCAAACAUGGUAACCCUAUGUGGCAGACUGUAACUCAUAGUCCCACAGUUUCUCCGUUGCAGCAAGAGGAUCGUACUACUGGAUACGAUAAUCAGUAUGGUGUCGAUCCCGAUAAAUAUUAUAUAUCGAUGUCGAAUCAUUAUACUCAAGCGGAAGAUGGCAAGACCGAACUGUCCCUUAUACAUUUCACUCUAACAAAUCCUGAAUGGAAACCGCCGUCCCAUGCGGAGAAUUUUGUGACCGCUUUGAAAGAAAGGGCUAAAAAGGAAGUGACUACGAAUUCUGAUCCUUAUAACAAUCCGCUCAUAGCCAGUUUAAAUAGCUUGUCCGGUCUUGGUUAUAAAGAACAUGUAUCGAAUAUUAUUCGAAGUACGAUAAAUCAAAUGAGUGUACCCAGUAUGAGCAAUAUUUUUACAAAUCAACCAAGUACGUCAGCCACGUCAGUCGGCGUCGAUCAAUCAUUCAAUCAUUCAAAGUCAACCUUGCAUCGAGGUGUAACCAAGAAGGAGGGUCCAUUGCAUAAUGAAAGAGGAUUCCUGUACGAUCUGCAACAGGGAAUAUCAAAUCAGUCAUUAGGUGCUUCUGUAUUUGGAUCAGGCCACAGUUACAUCGAAACACAUACAGAUCCGUCUGUACCUAUAGAAUUAACUGCUGCCGACAUGUCUUUAUCUACAUUGUACCUACAUGAGCUUCAUCAUAGACAAGUAAACAGAAGAGGCUAUCAGGAAACGGCAACGAGAAGUAUAUGGCAGCGAAGCCCGACUCAAGAACUAGCAUCGCUUCCCGAAGUUAGACAAGAAAAAGUACCGCUCCUGUUGCAUCAAGAUUCCUCUUUACGAAAAAACAGAGAAUCUUAACACUACGCUUGAAAAUUUAUUUAAGUAGGAAAGCGUUCGAUUCUCUCGCGCAAUAAUCAUUAUUUUAGCGGAAUAAAAUAAUUUUCACUUGUUUUAUUACGAUGGAAAAAAUUUACAAUUUAUUUUAUAAUAAAUAAGUAGUCACAACAUAUUCGAGAGUGAUAUAGUCUCUCGAGAUGUUACAUAGAAAAUUAUGUCUUCUAAAUAUUCUUAAUAUUGUAUAGUGCAGAGAAGAGGAUAUAGGUUUCUUUCUCUUUCUUCUCUGCAUAUGGCCAACGAUUUAAUAAUGCCUACUCUUAAUAUCAAGGACCUAUUUGAAAACUUAUACUUUAACGUUUAUACGUAAAACAUGUACAUUCAUCUUAUGUUUUAUGUAAUUGCAGACUCUGUGUAAAAAACAUUGAUUUAAGAGAUUUGACUAGUACAGUAAAGUCUAGAUAAACGAUAGAGAUCUUUGAGAAUUAUUUUAAAAGAAAUGGUAUUCUUUCAUAUUAAAAAAAAAAUUUAUAUAAUUUUAUACUUCUGACAUUAUCACGUAAAUAAUGAGGAAAUAGGAGAAAGAGAAAAGAAAAACAAGC